AUGGUUCGCCUCAAUGAGGUGGCCGUUGCUGGCCUCGCGCUCUGCGCAGACUCUGCCAAUGCACUGCCAGGCCUUCACAGACGCCAGAUCGGCUUAAAUGGCCUCUUCGGCGGUCCUCAGCCAGCACCCGCUGCCGAUCUGCCCACCCAGCUUGACUGUUACUUCUUCGGCGGCCUCUUCUUCGGUGGAUGCAACAGUGGUAGCGGCAGCCCAGCGCCAGCAGCUACUUCUGCUGCCGCCGCUGUCAAAUCUACCACGACUGUCAUCGCUGGCGUCUUGACCACUACGAUGUCUGCAGCUCCCAGGGUCUCUUCAACCAGCUCGGUCAGCGUAGUACCAGUGAUCUCCACCUCUGCGCAGUCCACGUUAGCAGUGAUUCCGGCCUUGUCAUCCGCCAUCGCCGCUUCAAACCUUCCCGCCGCUGGCUCUUUGGCUGGUAUGAUCAACUCGGUGGCGCCAUCGGUGACGGUUCCCGGUGAGACAUCGAACAUCCAGUCCCUCGCCGGUGCCUUGACAUCUGCUAUCAACGCCAGCAACCUCGGUCACGCUUCGAGUCUGGUCUCUGCUCUGGCCUCGAUAGGCUCAGUCGCUCCUUCGCUCGGAAGUGGGCUACCGUCGGCAUCUUUGGCGGUCCCUACACGAAGCGUUGGGUCGGCAUUGAGUGCUAGCAGCAUCUUGCCCAGCACGAUCGUGCCCAACGUUCAGUCUGCCCUGCCGGCACUCUCGUCAGCUGUGGCAAACAGCGACCUGCCCGCCGCUUCGCAGAUCGCGGGCAGCUUGAUCCCUGCUGCAUCUGGAAUCCCCCAAGCAAGUUCGCUGGCACAUGCACUCACUUCAGCUUUGGCGAGCAGCAACUUGCCAGCGGCCUCCUCGAUCGUGCCGGCUUUCACCUCUGCAUUGGCCGCGUCAAGCAACCUCCCCUCGGCCGGCCUGCCAAGCGGUUCUGGUGUGCCGAACGUGCAGAGCGCCAUCCCAGCCUUGACUUCUGCUAUCGCUGCUAGCAAUGCACCUCAGGCAUCAUCGAUCGCGGGUGGUCUCGUUCCUGUGGCAUCUGGGAAUCCUCAGGCUAGUUCGUUGGCACAUGCUUUGACGUCAGCUUUGGCUAGCAGCAAUCUGCCAGCCGCCUCCUCGAUCGUACCGGCAUUGACCUCUGCAUUGGCUGCAUCUAGUGCUCUUCCUACUGCUGCUCUCCCUGGUACUUCGAGCGUGCCUAACAUUCAGUCCGCCAUUCCAGCUUUGACAUCUGCACUUGCACAGAGCAACGUCGACCAGGCCUCGCAGAUCGCAUCGGGACUCGCUUCUGCUGCUUCAGGACACACGCAGGUCUCAUCAAUCAUUCAAGCGCUCUCAUCUGCCAUCGCUGCUUCUAACAUCCAGGGCGCGAGCUCGAUUGUACCAGCCUUGACAUCCGCUCUCGCUGGAGUAUCCAGCGCCAGUGCAUUGUCAUCACUGCCCACCAGCGUUCCAGCAGGGCUGGCUUCAAGCGUGUCAGUCCCGUCAAACGGGAUCCCUACCGGAGCCUUGACCUCCUCCGUGUCCAUCGCGUCUGGGCAGCUUAGCAGUGCACUGCCAUCCCUCGCGGUACCUACACCUGGCUCGAUCGGACUAGUUGGUGCUCUCACAUCCGCUUUAGCCGCCAGUAACAUCCCACAGGCCUCGCAAGUAGCAAAUCAGAUUGCCUCUGUGGUCAACGCAACCCCUGUGCCUGGCGCUAGUCAUGUGUCUCAGCUAGCGUCUGCUUUGACCAGCGCUUUCGCCAAUUCUCAGAUUCCUGUCGCGAGCUCUUUGGCCGGUGUGCUCAACUCUGCGGGCCCAAGCAGUGCAGUGAGCAGCAUCGCUUUCGGACUUCCAACGAAUGCACCUGCGUCCGGCGCUGCUCAGCCGAGCGCCUUGACUUCAGCGCUCGCCAACAGCAACAUCAACCAAGCCAGUCAGAUCGCGAGCCAGAUCGCUUCUCUUGUGGGCGCCACCAGCCUGCCCAACGCCUCUGCUAUCAGCCACAUCGCAAGCGCCCUCACUUCUGCCAUCGCUGCGACGAGCGUCCCUCAAGCCUCGAGCCUUGCUGGCGCUCUCAAUUCGGCCUUGUCUUCGUUGAGCCUCCCAGCUGGACCCAGCGCUGUCCCAUCGGCCGGUACUGCCAUCCCAAGCGAUUUGCCCGGCGCAUUGACGUCCGCCCUCGGAGCGAGCAACAUCCCACAAGCCAGCCAGAUCGCGAGCCAGAUUGCAUCGGCUGUGAGCGCGACUAGCUUGCCUAACGCCCCUGCUAUUAGCCAUAUUGCGAGCGCGCUCACUUCUGCUAUUGCUGCGACGAGUAUCCCGCAGGCAUCGAGUCUUGCUGGUGCCCUCAACUCCGCGCUCUCUCAGUCGAGCUUGGCUGGUCUGCCAACGAGUGCUCUGCCCUCCUCGCUGCCGGCGUCCGCGGGUCUACCAAGCUCGUCGGUAAGCAGUAUUCCAACAUCUCUCCCAGCAUCGCUCGCAGCCCCAGCGGCAUCUGUGCUCUCGAGCGCCCUCGCCUUCCAGAGCAUUGCAUCAACGGCAAUCUCAUCGAUCGCUGCGCUUCCCCCAAGCGCUAUCCCCACAGCGAUCCAAUCGCUUGGUCUACCUUCCGGUGUGGCGUCUUCGUUGGGCAACCUCGCCACAUCUGCAUUGGCAUCUGGCUCCGCACUGUUGACUGGCGCUGUGACUGUUCCCGUUUCCGCUCUACCCACAGGACUGGUCUCGUCGCUUGGCAGCUUGGUCUCGUCUGCAUCUCUUAGCAAUGGUGCACCCGGUUGGGUGAUCCCGACCAGCGCAAUCCCUUCAGGACUGGCCUCUUCACUUGCUGGUCUGGGCUCUUCUGCGACUCCAUCGCUCAGCACAAGUGCGCCAGCUCUGACCUUGCCAUCAUCUGUGGUGCCAACCGGACUUCUCUCGUCCCUGGGAAGCAUCGCCUCGCAGGCUACGGUGUCCAGCACACUUGUCGUCGUCAUUCCGACCUCAGCAAGGCCAAGUAGCCUGGCUUCAUCAUUGGGCAGCAUUGCUUCAUCCCAGGUUCAGGCUUUAUCAACAAUCUCAGCUUCAUCCACCACAUCUUCGCCUGCAAGCCCUAACCAGACUUGCACUGCCAAUGGAGUCACUUACACAAGCGGACAGCAGAUCAAUGGUUACACCAUCCACUGCGCUCAAGAUAACAGCCAGCCAGGAUCAGAGGUCUUCCCAGUUCAGAGUGGUGGCUUUAGCAAGUGUCCUGCUGCCUGUGACGCACAAGCUGGCUGUGUUGGCUGGACCUACUCGGGCGAGGAUAGCGGUAAUUGCUACUUGAAGACGGCUGAAGGCACCUACUCGAGUGCGCCAAACUCCAUCGUGUCGGGUUUCAAGUCUGGCUCCUCUAAUGGGAGCGGUGUGUCGAGCAGUGUAGCGCCUCCAGCUCUGACGAGCGGCGUCAGCGUUUUCACCCUUCCUGGUGGGAUUCUUGUGACGGUUCCAGCAAGUGUGGGCAGCGCAUCUUCUACCGCAGCACCAUCGGGCACCUCCUCGGCGCCGGUCUCUUCCACGUUAGCGUCCUGUGAUCAGCUUGGCAACGGAAGCCAACACAGCGGCUACACACUAGCCUGCAACACUGAUGCCCCAGGCAGUGACAUGGGCUCAGCCCCUGGCUCGUCUUUCGCUGACUGCUUCAACAAGUGCUCCGCGUUUGCUGGUUGUACCGCAUUCUCGUUCCUCGGUGGCAGCGGUGCGGGUACUUGUUACCUCAAGAACAGAUACGCACCCUCCGCUUCUAACCCGAACAAUGCGGACUCUGGGUUCCUCUCGAUGCCAAGCCAGACAAGCGGCGGCUCAUGCGAGGCACUUACCGGUAAUCAAGGCUCUGGCCAACAUAUCGACAGCAUGGGCUACGUCUACAACACCACCUGCAAGCACGAUAUCCCUGGAGGUAACAUUGCUGCGUUUGCCUCGCCAACUUUCGAGGGCUGUUUCGCGGCCUGUGACAGGCAAGCUGGUUGUGUUGGCUUCUCUUGGCUUCGCGACGAUGGUCCGGGCACGUGUUACCUCAAGGGACCCCAAGGCAACAUGCUCUCUACUUCGGUGGCGGACGUUGCUGUCAAGGUGGGCUUCUUGGGCGCUCAAAACACUGCUUCCGGUAUUGGAUCAGCAAGCUUGGCUUUCCGUCCGCUAUCGGGUGUCUUUGACGCUACCACAGUCGUAACAGUAUUUCCAACUACGGUGCCAUCCAUUGUGACGAUCAUAUCAGUGACCUCAACUUCACCGGCAUCAGCCAGCGCAUCUACUGUCACCAUCGUCAUGCCCACCGGCCUGACGGCUUCUUGCCAGUCGCUUGGAAGUGGUAACUUGAUCGGCCAAUACAAAAGUCGCUGCGGUACUGAUGCUCUGGGCGGAGACUUCAUGAACGCUCACGCUGACUCGUUCGCCGGCUGUAUCCCGCUCUGCGAUGCUCAAGCACAAUGUAUCGGGUUUGCUUUCGUCGGAGGUAGUGGAGCAGGGACUUGCUACCUUAAGUCCGUCCAUGAACCAGAGACGACGAACAGCAAUGUCGACAUCGCCUUCAAGCAGUCUGUUGGUGUGGCUCUUCCUACCAAUGCACAGAUGACUGGUGCAGGUGGUGCCACUACUACUCGCACGAUUGGUAGCGUUAUUCCCUCGGGGGUUAUUCCAGGCGCUACUGGUGAGGUACCUGUGAGCAUGCUGGCAUCUGGUCAGGCUGUUCCAUCUGGGGCGGUUCCUAUCGCGAUUGGACCAUCUGGCGUGGCGAUCGUGGGACCGACCAGCGCUUUGAUGGGCGUCAUUCCCAGCUUGAUGAUAUUCACGGCCUUUGCUCCGCCGACACCAACUUUUGGACUGCCUUCUGUGAUCCCCAUGCCAUUGGCAUCGAGCAUCAUUCUCAGCACUAGCACGAUUCCAGCUUUGGCCUCUGUCGUUACACACAGCGUCAUUGUCAGCAGCAUGGCACCAUCGGCAACGAUCCCAGGCGUGGGUGCUGUUCCAAUCAGCCUCAUUCCAUUCGGCAGCGAGAUUCCAUCUGGUGUUUUUUCUGUAGGCACUGCUCAGUCGGAGGCUGUAAUCAUGGCACCGACCAGCGCGUUUCCAAGCGGCGUCGGCGUGGUACCUACAUCGCGCCCUGUCCUUGACAUCACCGCAGCUUUGAGCUCAGUCGCUGGGCAUAUGAGCAGCAUUGCGUUGGGCAAUCCAUCCACAGCGGCCCCAGCGAUCUCGUCUGCCCAGGCUGCGCUCAGCUCCAUCGCUGCUGGGGCUUCCAUACUCCACACACCAGGACAAAACGGCAACUUUGGCUUGGCACUUUCUUCAGCCACUCAUGCGCUCAGCUCGUUGGCCGGCGCUCUGGCCACGUCUGUUCCACAGCCAGCAAUUCCUACGACCUUGUUGAGCUCCUUCGUUGUGGUUCAGCCAAUUGCAACUACUACACACUUCUCGGGUUUGACUGGUGCUGCUUAUCCCGCCACUGUUAUCGGCAACCCAAUCCUCCACACCGUCACUGCCGCCCUCCAAAGCACCGUCACCGCAAUCCAAGCUCCGGUCCCCGUCCAGACCGCCUCAGGCGAGAUCUGCAACCCCGUCCAACCCGGCCUCGCCCUUCCAGCAAGUCAAUGCAACAUCUUCAAUGAGCACAAGCACCGCCACCACUACCUCAAAGCGAGCAUCCGACACGGCAAUCCAGCCCUAGACGGCGUCUUCGUCGCCGCACCCACCGUCCUCGGCCACGAAGUCGCCCGCGUCACCCGCGACCAGGGGAAGGCCGCCCACGCUGUCUACGAUCACCUCACUCGCUCCUACUUCCUGCACGACGCCCUCGAGGAGGCAGAGCUGUGUGAAUACCAUGGCCUCGCCUUGAUCACGCACGGCGCAACUGAGUUGGGACCUGUCGGCUUGAUCCUUGGUGCUGCGACCGGUGGUGCUGAGUUAUAUGAUGGCGUCUUCGGAUUCUUGGAUCUGAUUGGCAGUCAGGCUCCGUUUAGCUUUGGGUCGUGGUAUGUUUGUGAGGAUGAUAUGACGCUGAAGUACUUGAGGAAGGGGUGGCAGAGGGGGACGGUGCAGAAUGUGGACUUUGGGAAGUGUGCGGCUGUUGUGUUGCAUAGGUAUGUUUGA